GUCCUGUCACCUGUGGGCUGUGAUUUAAACCGUAAAAUCACAUAUUUUGUAAAAAGUAUGUAGGUAAUCACUAUGUAUUUUGUUUGUUGUAAAUCGCUUCAUUAAAUUAUUGCUACCGCUCUUAAAUCGUAUUGAAUUUAUGCAACUUAUGAUAAGAAUUACAAGGAAUAUACUACUCUAAUGAGAGAUGCAAUAUGUCUGAUUCAUCAGAAGAUGAGGAUCUUUCUCGUUUCAUAGAGGCGGUGGAUCCAACAUUCGUGAAAUUAAUUGAUGAAUCAAGAGGCAAAACAUUGCAAUGCGUUACAACUGGCCAACCUCGUUCAGAGAGGUAUUUAGAAGAAUCUUCUCACUACAAUGACGUCAAAGUUCCAAAAGAAAUGCAGAAAUGUAUUGGUAACAAAAUAUCAGCAAUUAUCAACAAUCUAGUAGAAUAUGUUGAUGUUGAACAAAAAAGUGUAAAACAAUAUGAAACCAAAGGUGGUGUAAAGUUGUUUAAAAAUUCUGAAGGGUAUUUAUCAUGCAAAGAAGUAAAAGAUACUUACACCAAGUCUCAUAAUAAAAUAUCAAGGAAAAGUAAAUGGAAGCAAAAAAAGCGACUUAUUGAUCAAGAUGUCAGUGAACACAAUGAACUUGAUAAAAUAAAGGCAGCUGUUGUCACUGGUGAGUAUGUUCUGUCUAAAGAAGAUACGAAGCAUUGGGGUUCACGAAGAAAAGAAAAACUUUUUACAUACAAAGCACAUGGUAAAAAUAAAAACAUCUUGUUAGAGGUAUAGAAAAAUACCUUUUUUGUAAAAAAAAACAACUUUUGCAUGAGUUUGUUACCUACUGUUCUGCAUAAGAAGUGAAACUUUUCCUUUAUAUUCGUAAGUCAUGCUAAUGACUUGACGGUCGUUUUUUUUUAAAUUUUGACGACAGUUUCCUUUUUAUGAUCACUAUAGUUAUAUAUUAUUAUCUUCCCGACAUCGAUUUUAAAAGAAUUUGGUCCAGUCAAAAAAAAAUUAAAAUUUUGACAAGUUUCCUUUCUUAUGAUUACAAGGAAGUACCUACAUUAUGUCCAUUUGCUAAUUAUAUAAUUUUUAAGAUUGGUGAGAUUCUUGUACUUACCUAAUAAUUUUAUUGUAAUUGUAAAUAGGUAUUUUGAAAUAUAGGCAUAUUUAUAAAUAAAUAGAAUUCCUAACCACUGCUUAUUGAUUAUUAUUUUACAAAUACUUAAUACUUACAAAUAAAACCAAUAGAAACAUUAAGGAAACUUUAUUUACAAAACAUCAUCAUAAAUAUUAUUUACAAAAUAUAUCAAUAUCACAAUUAACUGCUUUUUAAAAUAAUUGUCAUAAAAUUGCACAAUUUUUGUACAAUAAAAUCUAUUGUUCAAGGCAUUUAUCUGGGCUUUUUUAGCACUUUUAUUUUAUAAAUAAUUACUGCUACAGGAUGGCUACAGGAAACUAACAGUAACCUUGAAAGAAAUUGUUAGGUACUUUUAAUGUUUUGCUUGGAGUGUAUCUUUGCCUUUUAUUUCAUUUACCUUAUUCAAUUUGGUAGUAACAAUAACAAUGUUAAAACGAGACAGCCAUAAAUCGCGGGCAUAAAUAAAAAUUGAUCUUGUUUCAGCUGAAACUUGAACCUGAGCAAAGGUAAAGCACGCUCGAUAGAUUUCAGCCCGUCAGUUAGUUAAAUAAUGCAAAAAAAAAAUCGUCAAGUAGGUACCUACCUAUGUAAAGCAUUUUCAUUGCAAAUAUGAUUUUAAGUGAUAGGUAGUUACUUAGUUUAUCAAUUUUCCUGUUAUUACUUUGAACACAUUAAGUAUUCUGAAUCAACACUAUCAAUCUGAUUUUUCCAAUCUGACUGAAUAAUAUAAAAGAUUUUGAACAGAUCAGAAGUUAAUAGUAAGUACUAGCAAACUAAAAAUUUAAUAAAAGAAAAUUAGAUAGCACCUCAUCACUAAAAAUAUGCUAGAAAUAAAUAUAAAACUUAAUUAAAUCAAAUUAAUUUAAAACAACUUUAAAAUAACUUAAGGAACGGGGAGCAAUAACAGCUUGAAAAAAAACCGGCCAAGUGCGAGUCAUACUCGCGCUCCGAGGGAUCCGUACUCGGGUAUUUUUUCCGUCAUUU